GCGUCAGCUGUUUCAUUCUUCCUUUGUAUUUCUUACGUCAAAACAAAGAUUUAUUUUUAUUCGUCCUACUUUAAUUUGCAGUAGUUUUAAAUGAAAUUAACUGCUAAAUAAAUAGAUGUAGAUUAAUUUCACUGUGUCUUAGUGAUAGUCGCAAUACUCAGUCAUGGGUGACGGUAACAAAGCUUCUUUACGCAUAGAUUGGUUCGACGGCACGUUGAUUGAAGAUGCCAGGCCUAAUACUUCAGCUAACUCCGAAUUUGCUGAUGAAGAACAGCCAGAACCCAAACCAGAGACCAAGCCUCAAUUCACAGAAAAGAAACCGAUCGGUUUCAAAAGACUUCUCGACAUCUCAACAUUACAACCUCCAAUUUUAAAUUUAGAAGUAUCCCAUAGACCCGGGUUCUGGAAUCUUCUCGAUGAAGACGAACUAAAAGGUGAUUUUAUAGUUUUAAUUGUUAAAAUACUCGCAAAUGUGUACAAGACUUUGGAGCCAGGAGAAAAUUCAAAAAUUGUUAAGCUGUUGAGAACCCGGUUUCAGAAUUCAAACUUUUUGGUGAACAUUAAAAACUAUUUGGAUGAGUUACCAAGUGUGAGGAUUGUUGAAAAGAGGUUGAAUUCUCAGCUUUGGGAUGAUGCAGAAGCAUUUUAUGCAAAUAUAUUGAAUCUCUGUGAAGGAAUUAUUAACUUUGAAAGAGAAAAUUUGGAGUUUAUGAAAGAAAUACUGGAUUUGUUGGAAAUAACAGAAGUUAGUGCUUUUGGUGUGCGUGAAGAGCACACUGAGAGAUUCAGUAAUGAUCUGUUUGUGAGGAUUGAAAACUUGAAAAAUAAAACAAUGAAAUUGUUGAAAGAUGAAGUCCUAGAAGAUUUUGAAGAUGACAUCCCUCCACCGCCAUCAGAAACUACGAAUCCUGAUAAAAAUUACUUCAAAAACCUCUCAAUCUUUCCUACCCAUGAUGACUUGCUAUCCCCAAAUACCGUUCCCAUACAACCGAACAUUAUCAACGGAGCGUACCCCAGCGUAGAACAUUAUUUAGAUUUACAGUUUAAACUGUUGAGAGAAGACUGUUUCGGACCACUGCGUGAAGGAAUAUGUAAAUAUUUGGAAAAUCCUAGUAAGAGACGGCAUGAGAAUAUUAGGGUAUACCCAAAAGUACGUAUAAUCCGUAACUACGUAAGCAACAACCGAGUUGGUCACCUAGUAGACAUAGCUUGGAAGGAACGAACAACCCACGGUAUAGUUGACAGCAAGAGAUAUGCAUACAACAAGCAUCUAAUGUUUGGAUCUUUGUUGCUCUUCACUAGUGAUAAUUUUGAAACAAUUUUGUGCGCUACUGUACUUGAUUCAAAUUUGAAUCUGCUUGGUGAUGGAUAUGUAGCAGUAUCAUUUCAAAACCCGACAUCUAAAAGCAUUUUCUCUGAAGCGUUUGUAAUGGUGGAAAGUGAAGUAUUUUUUGAGCCGUACCAUAGAGUGUUGAAAGUUUUACAGGAGUCUAGGUUGGAUGAUUUGCCUAUGAAAAAGUAUAUUGUGGAUGUUCAGAAUGAAACCAACCCACCAGCCUACCUAUCAUCAGAAACAAUAUACACAGUUCCAUACGAUACAGAAGACUUACCUUUCCCAGUGUUAGACACAUCCCAAUGGCCAGAUCCCGUUUUUGGUCUCGACGACUCCCAACUUGAAGCCUUCAAAUUCGCUCUAACAAGAGAAUUUGCAGUCAUUCAAGGCCCACCUGGGACCGGUAAAACGUAUAUAGGGAUCAAAAUCGCAGCUACAAUAUUAAGAAAUUUGUCCCUAGAAGGUACACCAAUGUUGGUUAUCUGCUACACGAAUCACGCCCUUGAUCAAUUCUUAGAAGGAAUUCUCGGUAUUACAACUAAUAUUGUAAGAUUAGGCAGUCAAAGUAAAAGUCCCCUUCUAGAGUAUUACACUCUACAUAAUUUACGAACGAAAAUCAAGUCUAAAUAUUCAUAUCUCUAUGGAAGUAAGAGAAGUGAGUUGGAGAAGAUUUUCAAAGAGAUGACGGAGUUACAGAGUGAGAUUGAGAAGUGUGAGAAGGAGAUUGUUUGUUACAAACAUUUGAAACCUUAUCUCAAAAUUGGGGACAAAGAUUAUGAAUUAAGAAGUUCUAAUGAAGAUAGUGUUCUUAAUUGGUUAUUUGGUGAAGAAGAAACUCAUAGUACAAGAAUAUCUGAAUGUGAGUCUGAUAUUGAUGAUUGGGAGAAGUUAGAAGAUAUGACAGUUACAGAAGUAAUUAAUACGUGUUUUUCUGAAAAAUGGGCACUAAAGGAAAUAGAUUCGAUGCUAAAUAGUAUAAGAUAUGUGAAUGAUGUUACGGACAAUCAUUUAGAGGCGAAACAGAUGACCGAUAAGUUUAAACAGGAGAUUAAUAAGCUUAAUAGGAGAUUGGAAUAUUUUAAGAAGUACAGAACUCUACAGAACAAUAAUAAACAAGAGUACAAAUUGGAUGAAGUCAAAGAUUUAUACAGUUUGAAACCAGAGCAAAGAUGGCAGCUUUAUUUCUCUGCUGUGACCGUUUUGAAGAACGAAUUGUUAGCAAAAAUGAAUGGACUAUUGGACCAACAUAACACCGCGAGUCAAGAGUUAAAUGAAGUGGCAACAUUAAUUGACGGAGAAGUCAUGAAGACAGUGAGAGUGGUGGGAGUCACUACCAGUACAGCGGCCAGGAGACAUGACCUUAUGAGGAAGUUGCAUUCGCCUAUAGUAAUUGUGGAGGAAGCGGCAGAGGUAUUAGAAGCCCACAUUGUGGCGUCUCUAACGCAUCAGUGUCAACAUCUCAUACUUAUAGGUGACCACAAACAACUUCGUCCCACAGCAGCCCACUACAAGCUAGCAAAAGACUACAAUUUAGAAAUAUCACUCUUCGAGCGUAUGAUACGCAACGGAAUUCACGCGCGGACUCUAACUACGCAGCGUAGAAUGAGCCGGAAUUUUGUCAGCUUAAUCGUACCGACAAUAUAUGAGAAGUUAGAUAGUCAUUCUUGUGUGGGGUCUUAUCCUGAUGUUAGGGGAGUGAAGGAUAAUCUGUAUUUCUUUGAGCAUGAUGUUUUUGAAGAUUCAGAGGGUAUGGAGGACAGUUGGAGUCACAAAAAUACGUUUGAAGCUAAAUGGUGCGUGGCUCUAGCGGAUUAUCUUAUGAAAAUGAACUACAGCCCCGAUGAGAUAACCAUCCUCGCUACUUAUAACGGGCAAGUUAAUCUUCUUAGAGAUCUCACCAAAAAGAAUGACGCCCUCCGUGACAUCAGAGUGACAGCCGUAGACAACUACCAAGGCGAAGAGAACAGGAUAAUCAUAUUGUCUCUGGUUAGGAGUAACAGAGACAACAAGAUUGGUUUUCUGACUGCCCCUCAUAGGAUAUGUGUAGCUUUGUCGAGAGCUAAAGAAGGUUUCUACAUCUUCGGUAACAUGUCGGUUCUAAAAUCCGCCAGCAGUAUUUGGCGACAGAUAAAUGAUAGAUUGAAAGAACAAAAAGCUAUCGGAAGGAAGCUUACCUUGAUAUGUGAAGAGCAUAAUGAUAAUACUCUUGAUAUUCAAAAAGUCGAAGACUUUGACAACUGUUUGACAGGAUCCUGUUUGCAGGUUUGCAAUCCGAAAUGAAAUAAAGAACAAUAAGUUUAACAGUUUUAUUUAACGUUGUGAAUUUUAAUACUACAGUUUUUUGUUACAAAAU